AUGAUGUUCGAAUGUUAGGGAUUUGUGGAAUGGGUGGAAUAGGUAAGACAACUCUUGCAAGAUCUGUUUUUGACAAGAUCUGUGAUCAAUUUGAUGGGAGUAGCUUUCUUGCCGAUAUUAGAGAAGUUUCUAUAACACGAGGUCUGGUCCGUCUGCAGAAACAGCUUAUUUCUGAAAUCUUCACAGGAAGAAACAUAAACAUAUGCAAUGUUCACAACGGAUCUAAAGAGAUAAUGAGAAGGUUACGCCAUCAAAGGGUUCUUGUCAUACUUGACGAUGUAGAUCAAAUAGAACAAUUAAAAGCAUUAGCUGGAAUGCAUGAUUGGUUUGGGUUGGGAAGUAGAAUCAUCAUUACAACCAGAAAUCGACAUUUGCUUGUUAGCCAUGGCGUGGAUAAUGUGCAUAUGGUCAAUGGGUUAAAUCCUGGGGAAGCUCUUAAGUUGUUUUGUUGGAAAGCCUUUAGAAAUUGUCAUCCUACUAAUGAUUAUUUGGAGCUUUCUCAGCAAAUGGUCGAUUAUGCUGAUGGCCUUCCAUUGGCCCUGGAAGUUCUGGGAUCCUUCUUGUUUGGUAGAAGUAAAGCUGAGUGGAAAGGUGCAUUGGAUAGAUUGAAAGAAGUUCCUGACGAAAGAAUUUUUGAAAUACUUAAAAUAAGCUAUGAUGGACUACAAGAACUGGAGAAGAAAAUAUUUCUAGAUGUUGCUUGUUUCUUUGAAGGAAGGGACAAAGAUGAAGUAAGACAAAUACUGGACAGUUGUGAUUUUUACCCAGAUAUUGGAAUUAGUUUUCUAAUUGAUAGAUGUAUCAUUUCUCUUUCAAUCAACAAAUUGCGUAUGCAUGACUUAAUGAAAUGUAUGUGUAGGGAAAUUGUUCGCCAACAGGGUCCCACAAAACCAGGCCAACGUAGUAGGUUAUGGCUCUCUGAUGAUGUUUAUCGUGUAUUGACAAAAAAUGAGGGGACAGAGGCUGUUGAAGGCAUAAUUCUGGACUUUCCUGCAUACGAAGAGUUAAAAUUGAAUGUUCUUACUCAUCGCUUUUUGUGGCGUCGGAUCGACACCCACCUUGCAGUAAUGUUAGAGAGAUCAUGUCCAUCUAAGUGCAUCUCGCCAAUGCUUAAAGUUCUUGAUCUAAUGGGACCUCAAAACUAG